AUGUCCAACCCCGGCUCCCAAUCUCAACAACAACAACAAGACCAAUCCCCAGGCUACUACGCCUCCACCAAACAAUGGUACAACAAACAAUACGAGUCCUGGAUGCCAUGGGUCGAAGACAAACUGCUCGGCUGGAUGGGGCAGAACAAGACGAGUUACGUCGCGAAAGGCGAACUCGACAAGACCAAAAUCACGGGCGACAAGAACGUCGACGCCAUCCAGGACGGCAUCAACGAGGGCGUCACGGGCCAGUUCAAGAAGGGCGGGCUCCUCGAGGGGGUGGGCGACCUGACGAGUAAAGAGGUGAUUAGUCGCGGGGAGCGCAAGGGGAAGAAUGAUAAGGGCGGGUAUGGGUUGUAG